AUGCAUUCUGUGAUAUUUCUGAUAACAGCACUGGUAGCACAUGGAAAUGGUAUUGUGCCUGCACAUAAUAGUGGUAAAGGAUUACGACCUUGGCUCCAAACCGGUCCACCUCGAUUCAAGCAAAAUCAAAGAGUUGUUCAUGAGGUGUUCCUAAAUGACAAAGCAAUAUUUAAGUGCACUGCAUUAGCAAGACCGGCUCCAAAGAUCCAUUGGUUCAGAAAUGGAGAAUUUCUAGACCACACAACCUAUGCAAAUAAUGAACGCCUUCGUGAGAAUAAAAAACACUUCUCGUUGGAAAUAAGGAGAGUAGAAGUCAGCGAUCAGGGCUCCUGGGCGUGCAAAGUAUGGAAUCAAGCCGGCUCUAUAUUUCGAAAUUUUACUCUAGAAAUUAUUGAUUUCUGUGAUUAUUUCUUCAUGCAUGAAUUUCCGGCUCAACACGUUCCGGAAAAAUGCAUUUGUUUAUGGUAUCUUACGGAUGAGUAUCGAAAGGAUGGCAUCAACUGGACUGAGGUUAACAAUGAGCGCUGUGAAGCAUUUAAAAAAUAUGCAUCAAAAAUUCGAAAACCAUUAGGAAAGAAAAUAUGCGAGAAUGGUGCUUGUGGGAAUGAGUCACCGGGAAUGGACACGCACGAAGUUUUGCAAGGAGUUGGAUUGCAUGAUGCAAUACCCAGUGAUAUAAUGCAUGAUCAGCAACAACAACUCAGUGGCUUACAGGCGACAACUCUUUUGUCCGAUCCGGUAAAAUUAUUCGACUGGCUUGUGGAAAAUAAUUGGGUGGAUGUGAGUCAUUUGUUAUCGAACCUGUUAACACGGCAAAAAAUAACUGCUAUUAAACCAGCACUGAGUGACUGGAGUACUUUAGAUAUUGCUGAGAAACGUCUUCGGGCACGGACACUACUCCAACAAGAAAUUCCAGACAUCGAUACAAGUAUCACAACUAAUGGUAUUCAAGACAUUGAUCCAGAAAGUAAGGAUGUCGACAUUCUAAUGAACAACAAUGACAGCUCCUCCACUGAAAUUGAUGAAAAAAUCUCCGAAAAAUCACCCAUAGAUUUUUUAAUGCAUGACCAACCACGUCCGGAUGAAUCCCAUGAAAUAUAUUCUCCUGAUAUUGCACCGAGAAAAAUCUCUGUUCCCAUUCUGACAACAACUAUAUCUGCAAUAACUACAACGAAAAUGACCUUCCUGCAUACAACGAAUUCAGUAACAACACGUUCCACUACUCGGCGCAUUUUUCCUCUCCAGAAAGUGCUGCCGUAUUUCAAAGUUCGUGAUGAAGAUGCCGACACGUCUGUGAUUACACCUUCUGGAAGAACAAUUAAAUUGCAAUGCAAAGCUGGAGGACAACCAGAACCACAGGUUAUUUGGUUUAAUAAUAACAAGAAGGUAAUUACUACGGAAGUUCGAAGGCCAGUAGGAACUGAGUUCCGUCUACGGAAGAAUACAUUGGAGAUAGAAGACGUUGCCGAAUCAGAUUCAGGUGACUAUACAUGUGAGGCAUUCAAUUCGGCCGGUUCAGUAACGCGAACUUUCAAAUUGAGAGUUGUUGAUCGGAUGCGUUCAAAACCGAUCAUCGUCCCAAAUAUUCUCGUAAAUCAAACUGUUGAUGCUAACAGUACAGUUAAUUUCACUUGCAAGGUAAUAUCAGAUCUAACACCACAUAUCGUUUGGAUGCGUAUUGAAAUGACCAACGAUUCCAUUUAUUACUGGAAUGAAACGGAUCGUAAAUACGUUUUCCGAUAUACUGAUAUGCAAUCGGUGGAGAAUGCAAUUGUGACGAAAAUAUCGCAAGAUUCAUCAACGUUAACAAUAGUGAAUGUAACAGUGGCCGACCAAGGAAUGUAUGCAUGUGUAUCAGGCAAUCAUCUUGGCCAUGCGAUAGCAAAUGCAACUUUAACAGUUAACGAAUUCCAUGCAAUGACGCUUGCAACAGGAAAUCCGGAAUCGAAGUGGUCUCGUUCGUCUGUUAUGGCUGUCGUGUUUCUUUUUAUGCUACUUAUUUUCAUGCUGGCUACUACUCUUUUUUACAUAUUUUGCAUUCGAAAACGUUCAAAAGCACAAAUAGCUGAAAUGGAGCAAUUCAUUGGUCCAGUUAAAAAACGGGUCAUUGUUACAAAACGCCCAGCUGAUCCAGAAAACGAUGGUUGGUCUGACAUGCCAUCGACUUAUCAAAUUCAUGUAGAACCAAUCGCAACAUCUGGAACCAGGAGACCACGACUUUCGAGCGACUUAACUUUUUUGUCGGAUUAUGAAAUUCCACCUGAUCCUAUUUGGGAGGUCGAAAGAUCCAGAUUGCAUUUUGUGGAGAUGUUGGGCGAAGGGGCAUUUGGAGAAGUCUGGAAAGCGGUGCUAAGGAUUUCAAACGCACGAACAGUUCAAGGAGAAAUGCGAGAGGAGGAGGUAGCCGUCAAGAAAUUGAAAGCAUCCGCUCAUGAGAAAGAGUUAAUUGAUUUGGUUAGUGAAAUGGAAACAUUUAAAAUCAUUGGCCAUCACGAAAAUUUGCUUCGAUUGAUUGGAUGUUGCACUGGUACUGGUCCAUUGUAUGUCAUUGUGGAAUUAUGCAAGCACGGGAAUUUAAGGGAUUUUCUGAGAGCUCAUCGUCCUCGAGAUGUAGAUAGUGGUUCGCAGGUUCCUGAAGCUGCAAAUUGUGGCGCUGGUGUUGGCGGUAGUACCGAUCAUUAUUUAGAACCACGAAAGUUGCAAAAGAAAUUAACUGUUGCAUCAACACAUGAUCAAUCAAUGCUUAUCAAGCAUUUAACACAACGACAUCUUGUACAAUUUGCUUGGCAAGUGGCGAAAGGAAUGGAGUUCAUGGCCAGUCGGAAGAUAAUUCAUCGUGAUUUGGCUGCGCGAAAUGUUCUAGUCGCGGAUGGUUUUGUAAUGAAAAUAUCAGACUUUGGUCUAUCCCGAGAUGUUCAUUAUAAUGAUUAUUAUCGAAAGAAGGGAAAUGGUCGAUUACCGAUUAAAUGGAUGGCAUUAGAAGCUCUAGAUUCUCAUGUGUACACAAUCUACAGUGAUGUCUGGUCAUUUGGAAUAUUACUUUGGGAAAUAAUGACCCUUGGUGGCACACCUUACCCAUCGAUUGCAAUGCAACAAUUGUAUUCAUGUCUGAAAGAGGGAUAUCGAAUGGAAGCACCGGAUAAUUGUCCUGAGGAGGUUUACGAUGUUAUGGUUGCCUGUUGGCAGGAAAAACCGGAAAAUCGUCCAAGUUUCGACACUUUGGUUGAUUAUUUCGACUGGAUGCUUACUCAGUCAGCUCGUGAUCAAGAGAAUUAUCUGGAAGUGCAGUCGAUUACGAGUGAAGGAAGCGAGGAAGUCAGAAAUAUCGCACCACCGCCACCUCCACCAUUACGUGCAACGGAAAGUCCAUCAAGACAUAGGAAAGCACGACCACUGUCGGAGCCUGUUAUAAGUCCGAGUGAACCGGUAGUUGAUCCUGACUCAGAUUCUGAAUUUGAUAAUGAUUCCCAUCCUCUGUUAUCUGGCGAAAAAGCUGUUUUGUAUGAGAAACAAAGUCGAUCCGGUAUACAUCAUGCCUUCAUUAGAAGAUGUCCUGCUCUUCCAGUAGCUGAUAGUUCACCUUUCAAUGAACUUAGCUUGAAUAAUACGGCGACGAUAUCAAUCGAUAGUGCGAUCGGUUCACCUUUAUGGUCAGCUGGAGCAACAUCAACACUAUUAGAUUCAGAUGCGAAUGAGAGGGGUGAUUCACCAAUGUCGUAUAAAAGACGCCGAUUAAGUAAUGGGCCAUGCACCUAUUCUGAAGAUAGAAAAAACGAAAUUAUAGGAGAAAAAAACGGCACAGAAGACGUUACUUGUAGCAAAGACUUACUGAAUCCACAAUAUAUAAAUGUUGAGGGUGCAGAAGCAGCUUCUGAUGAAAAGGGAAAAUUGCGAGGUACAAAAUUUCCUUUCCCACCACUAAGGCAUACUCGUUUUUCUGAUUCAACUGCUUAUGAAGCGGAUUCAAUCCGCAUGGACAACAUGAGGAAGCCAGCACUUGAAGGAUCCGCAUCUGCCUUCAUUGUCAAUCAAGCAAGCACUUUAUUAACGAAAGUGGAUAAAGAAAAUCCGAAUGAAACCUCGGUAUCGAAGUCAAACAACCGUAACCAACAGCGAAGAUUUUCAAUCGAAUCAAGUUCAAGUGGACGUGGUGAAGUUAACAAAUAA